CCGACAUUCACUAAUUGAAGUUACGUCUCACUCACCCACAGAAAACCAUUCUUCAAAGUGAAUAGAAACCAAGCCUUUGUGAACACUUCUAUUGAACAUGACUCAUGGAGAAGAGCUUGGCUCUGAUGUGCACCAGGAUUCUAUUGUUUUAACUUACCUAGAAGGAUUACUAAUGCAUCAGGCAGCAGAGGGAUCAGGUACUGCCAUCGACAAAAAGUCUGCUGGCUGUAAUGAAGAAGAUCAGAACUUUAACAUUUCUGGUAAUGCAUUUCCCACCUGUCAAAGUAAUGGUCCAGUUCUCAAUACACAUACAUAUCAGGGAUCUGGCAUGCUGCAUCUCAAAAAAGCCAGACUCUUGCAGUCUUCUGAGGACUGGAAUGCAGCGAAGCGGAAGAGGCUGUCUGAUUCCAUCGUAAAUUUAAACGUAAAGAAGGAAGCUUUGCUGGCUGGCAUGGCUGACAGUGUGCCUAAAGGCAAACAGGAUAACACGGUACUGGCCUCUUUGCUUCAGUCGUUCAGCUCUAGGCUGCAGACUGUUGCUCUGUCACAACAGAUUAGGCAGAGCCUCAAGGAGCAAGGAUACGCCCUCAGUCAUAAUUCUUUAAAAGUGGAGAAGGAUUUAAGGUGCUACGGUGUCGCAUCAAGUCACUUAAAAACUUUGCUGAAGAAAAGUAAAGCUAAAGAUCAAAAGCCUGAUACCAGUCUCCCUGACGUAACUAAAAACCUCAUCAGAGAUAGGUUCGUAGAGUCACCUCAUCAUGUUGGACAGAGUGGCACAAAGGUCAUGAGUGAACCCUUGUCAUGUGCUGCGAGGUUACAGGCUGUCGCGAGCAUGGUGGAAAAAAGGGCUAGUCCUGCCACUUCACCCAAGCCAAGUGUUGCUUGUAGCCAAUUAGCAUUACUCCUUUCAAGCGAAGCCCAUUUACAGCAGUAUUCUCGAGAACACGCUUUAAAGACACAAAAUGCAAAUCAGGCGGCAAGUGAAAGACUUGCUGCUAUGGCCAGAUUACAAGAAAAUGGCCAAAAGGAUGUGGGCAGUUUCCACUUCUCAAAAGGAAUGUCAAGCCAUCUUAAUGGUCAGGCAAGAGCAUCAUCAAACAAACUAAUGGCUAGCAAAAGUACAGCAUUUCAAACUCCGAUGGGUAUUGUUCCUUCUUCCCCCAAAAAUGCAGGCUAUAAGAACUCACUGGAAAGAAGCAAUGCAAAACAAGCUGCUAAUAACAGUUUGCUUUUACAUCUCCUUAAAAGCCAGACCAUACCUAAGCCAAUGAACGGACACAGUCAUAGUGAGAAAGGAAGCCUUUUUGAGGAGAGCAGUACACCUACAACUAUUGAUGAAUACUCAGAUAACAAUCCUAGUUUUACAGAUGAUAGCAGUGGUGAUGAAAGUUCAUAUUCCAACUGUGUUCCCAUAGACUUGUCUUGCAAACACCGAAUCGAAAAACCAGAACCUGACCAGCCUGUUUCUCUGGAUAACUUAACUCAGUCCUUGCUAAACACUUGGGAUCCCAAAGUCCCCGAAGUAGAUAUCAAAGAAGAUCAAGAUACCUCAAAGAAUUCUAAGCUAAAUUCGCACCAGAAAGUAACCCUUCUUCAGUUGCUACUUGGCCAUAAGAAUGAAGAAAAUGUAGAAAGAAACAACAGCCCUCAGGAACCACACAGUGAUGGGACAAAGUUCAGCACACAUAAUUACACGCGGACUUCUGUCAUAGAAAGCCCUAGUACCAGCAGGACUACUCCAGUGAGCACUCCACCAUUACUUGCAUCCACCAAAGCCGAGUCUCCCAUCAACCUUUCCCAACACUCUCUGGUCAUCAAAUGGAAUUCCCCACUGUAUGCCUGUGGCCCUCAGUCUGAAAAGCCAACGAAUACCGCAUCGAACCACCUGAUGGACCUUACAAAAAGCAAAGAAUCGCAAGGGGAGAAACCAGUCCAAAAUGAAGGCACACAAAACUCUGCCACUUUCAGUGCCAGUAAACUGUUACAAAAUUUAGCGCAAUGUGGAAUGCAGUCUUCUGUGUCAGGGGAAGAGCAGAGACCCAGUAAACAGCUGCUGAGUGUAAACACAGAGAAACCUACAGGUAUGACUGAUAGACUAAAUAGCCCUCUGCUCUCAAAUAAAACAAAUGCAGUUGAAGAAAAUAAAGCAUUCAGCAGUCACGCAACAGGUCCUGAACCAGGACUUUCUGGUUCUGAAAUAGAAAAUCUGCUUGAAAGGCGCACCGUCCUCCAGUUGCUGCUGGGAAACCCCAACAAAGGGAAGCCCGAAAAGAAAGAGAAGAUGCCCUUAAGAGAUGAAAGUACUCAGGAACAUACAGAUAGAGCUUUAAGUGAACAAAUAUUGAUGGUGAAAAUAAAAUCUGAGCCUUGCGAUGACUUGCAUACGCAUACCACAAAUGUGCCCUUGAGCCACGACGCUCAGGGUGCCCCCUUCCUAGGCGUGGCUCCUGCCUUGCAGGGAAGCACAGCUGUCUUACCAGCAUCUGAGGACUUCAAAUCGGAGCCGGUCUCACCUCAGGAUUUUUCUUUCUCUAAGAACGGUCUGCUAAGUCGACUGCUGAGACAAAACCAAGAGAGUCACCCGGCUGAUGACCUGGACAACAGUCACAGAAAUAGUGAACUGACACUUGUAGACUCAAAGAAUCUUUGCAUGGUCCCUAAAAAAAGGAAGCUUCAUACUGAGCCAUUAGAAAAUCCAUUUAAAAAGAUGAGAAAUAACAUAGUCGAUGCUGCAAACAGUCCCAGUGCUCCGAAGGUGCUGUAUGGGUCCUUGCUUAACCAGCAAGAGCUGAAGCUUAGCAGAAAUGAUCUUGAGUUUAAAUAUCCUGCCAGCCAUGGUUCAGCGAGUGACAGCGAACACAGGAAUUGGGCCAGAGAGAGCAAAAGCUUCAACGUUCUGAAACAGCUGCUUCUCUCAGAAAACUGUGUGAGAGAUUUGUCUCAGCACAGGAGUAGUUCUGUCGUCGACAGUAAAAAAAAAGGACACAGAAGCACUGUGACCAGUAGCAAGCCCGACUUCAGCAUUUCUUCUUUGAACGGACUGAUGUACAGUGCUGCUCAGCCCAACAGCUGCAUGGGCCACAGGACAUUUCCAUACCCCGGUGUAGGAAAACCUCCUGUGAGCCCUCCUUUCCCUGAGCACCUGGGCUGCGCAGGGUCUAGACCAGAAUCUGGGCUUGUGAAUGGGUGUUCCGUGCCCAGUGAGAAGGGACCCAUCAAGUGGGUUAUCACAGAUGUGGAUAAGAAUGAGUAUGAGAAAGACUCUCCGAGACUGACCAAAACUAACCCAAUACUGUAUUACAUGCUCCAGAAAGGAGGCAAUUCUGUUACCAGUCGAGAAACACAGGACAAGGACAUUUGGAGGGAGCCUUCAUCUGCUGAAAGUAUCUCACAGGUUACAAUCAAAGAGGAGUUACUUCCUGCUGCAGAAACUAAAGCUUCUUUCUUUAAUUUAAGAAGCACUUACAAUAGCCAUAUGGGAAAUAAUGCCUCUCGCCCACACAGUGCAAAUGGAGAAGUUUAUGGACUUCUGGGAAACGUGCUAACAAUAAAAAAAGAAUCAGAAUAAAAUGUACCUGCCAUCCAUCUUUGGAUCUUUUUAAAACUAACUAGUAUGAACUUGAGAUCUGUAUAAAUAAGCGCAUGAUUUGAGAAAAGCAUGGUAUAAUUGAAACUUUUUCAUUUUGAAAAGAAUUGGUUACUGUGAUGUUU